UACCUAGGCCAAAGGCGCUAUGUAUUAAGAUUAAUUGGCUAUCGAUAAGCUGUUCGUUUGUUUGUUAUCUUAAUUUAGGUGAAGAAACCGGAAGAAACCCACUUUGCUACUCCGUGCCGAUACACGGGCAGGUCCAUCCAUAUCGCAGCGCCCAAAUUUUUACAACGCCUUAUCUUCCUCCCUCUUCGACUUUUCUAACCUUGGGAGGCAACCUCUUGCACAAUCUACAACCACAAACCACAAACCACAACCCCCAACCCCCACCUUCAGACAACAAUGGCCUCAAGAACGUUAACACCUAUACGCGCCGCCGCUCGACGCGCACGCACAAUCUCAAUUCCCCAAUCACAAAUCCAACCCUCGAUCCGGACUCUCGUUAGUAUCUCAAAACCAAAGGCGGCAUUUACCCCCUACACCAAGGCCCCCGCCUCCACUACAGCGACGGCAAAGCCCAGCUCGAUACCUGCCGCUCCCUCGGCCGCCUCCAGUCCCGCCGAAGCUACACCCGCAGCCCCAUCAGGGACACGAACCCCCGUCCCCGCCGUCUCAGGCGUGCCCCUCCCCGACGCACCGAGCAGCGAGGAACCCAACUCCGGCGAGCCAAUCGAUUGGACGCAGUCGUACCACGGCCUCGGGACCUCGGCGUUCUCGCCCGAGACCGCGACGGUUUUGCAGGCGCGCCUCAACCCCGAAGACAUCGAGGUCAAGCCCGACGGCAUCAUCUACCUUCCCGAGAUCAAGUACAGGCGGAUCCUAAACACCGCGUUUGGACCCGGCGGCUGGGGUCUGGCGCCUCGGGGACAGCUCAUGGUCCACGAGAGACUAGUUACGCGCGACUAUGCGCUUGUUGUGCACGGACGAUUCGUAGCCCAGGCCCGAGGCGAGAUGUCGUACUUCAGCGAAGAAGGCAUCUCGACGGCGGCUGAGGGGUGCAAGUCUAACGCGCUGAUGCGGUGCUGCAAGGACCUAGGCAUUGCGUCAGAGCUGUGGGACCCGCGUUACAUCCGCAAGUUCAUGAAGGAGCAUGCUAUGCAAGUUUGGGUUGAGCACGUCACCACCAAGAAGAGGAAGCAGAUCUGGUUGCGCAAGGAUGACGAGAUCCGCUAUCCUUUCAAGAAGACGUCGUAGUUAAUAGUUUCCCAUGGCGUAUUCUGAUAUAAGACGAUGGGUAACGUUAGGGUUAAGUUCUGUUUGAUGGAAACGCUGUACGAUAUCACGAGGUGGGAAAUAUACCCCGAAGAACUCUACACUCCAGACACGGGCAGGAAAGCUUGCUACGCAUCUCUUGCCCUGAGCUACUACAUUCAUAUGUGGCUCUACAAUGUUACGUAAAUUAAGACUCUCA